GCGCAAGAGGUUCACAACGUUUCUGCGACGGACCAGGCGGGCAGACAUGCGCGUUUUCUACAUCACAAUAGCUGUGGGCCUAGCGAUCUGUUUCGGCUCGGCUAACGCCCAAAAGAAGACUGCUAAGAAAAGCACAGACGCCCCUGCGUAUGACGACUACGACGACGAUUACGAUGCAGCUGUCGGGGACGCUUCAUCGGCAAUCGAUGGAAAGCCUCCGAAGAAAGCAUCUGCGGAAAGCUCCUCGACAACUACGACUGCCCCAGUAGAAGAAGACGAUUCGACAAAAGGUUCACAUCCGUUCUUCAAGAACCGUUUAAAGCUGCGAAAUCGUCCUUCCCCCCAUCCUGCGGUGAAAACGAGACCAACUCUUCCCAGCUUCAUCAAGCACCCAGCGAAUAUCGAAGAUCUCGGGCAUGAUCAUCCGCCCGAGAAAAAGGCCACUCAGCCGCCCUUGCCGAGACCGAGGCGCACCACCUCUAGACCCCAUAAAUUCAGCUCAACCUUUUAUCGCAAGAAAACGCCUCCCAAAGAGCAACCUAAAGAUGAAUACGAUUACGAGGAAACUAGCGAAGACGCUCCAGGACCACAGCCAUCAAGUCCGAAGCCAUCGCUUGUCUCGCGGCCUCUUCGGCCUCGAGGUCGACAAUAGUUCUUCGGUUAGCAGGGGAGCAAUAGACUCGCUGUCACUGAAUACGAGACUUAUGCACACCUCAUGUACGAUCGCGAAAUCGCAUAAACAAGGGGGAAUAAAUUUGAUAGUUGAAAAGCGCUCGCUGCUGCUGCGCGAUUAGCGAAUAACCCCCUUA